AAAGAUUCUAAUUACAUCUCUUGCCCUCACUGGCUUUGUCCCAUUAUUUCUCCACUUUCUAAAUUAGCUAUUUUUUUUCCAGACAAGUAUUUGUAAAAACUUUUCCCCAAACACUAAGCCCACUUUAUUGGGUUUGACAUUCACGAUUUAAACCAACCACAUUGCACCAAUCUUUCCUGUUUCUGGGAACUCCCUUUGUGAGUUCCAUACCAGCUUUGAAUCUCCAGUGACCAGGCCAAUAAAACACGCACAACACACACUGUUUCUUGAAUAAAAACUCAACUGGAAUCUUUGUUGGCCGGAGCAAAAAUCAGGAGGUGGCCUCUCCCUAUUCCCUCCAUAGAAAUGAAGUUAUGAUGAGCUUGUGAGGUUGCAAUGGAGGUGGCCACUCAGUUGAACUGCAACAUAUGGGACAGAGUUCUGGGGCAAACUAAGGAGGCCCAAGAAAAAGGCAGGGACCCGUUGUUGUGGGCAAUUCAAGUUUCUUCGAAUUUGAGUUCUGCUGGAAUCCCUUUACCUUCUCUUGAGCUAGCUAACCAUUUGGUCUCCCAUAUUUGCUGGGAUAACAAUGUGCCCAUUUCUUGGAAGUUCUUAGAGAAAGCGUUGGCUCUCAAAAUUGUGCCUCCCUUGCUUGUUCUUGGAUUGCUGUCAACAAGGGUAAUUUCAUAUCGGCAUUCUUGUCCUGCAGCAUUUAGACUUUAUAUGGAACUCCUUAAGAGACAUGCCUUCUCACUGAAAGAGCACACAAAUUUGCCAAACUAUCAAAAGACCAUGGAUUCAUUAGACCAAGUUCUCCAUUUAUCACAAAUAUUUGGCUUGCAAGCAAAUGAAGCUGGUGCUCUGCUGGUUAUGUUUGUUUUUUCAAUUGUCUGGCAGUUGGUUGACGCAUCACUAGAUGAUGAAGGAUUGCUUGAACUUACAGAGAAUGACCCCAGGUGGCCUGUCAGACCUCAAGCUAUGCAAGUAGACGUUCAUAAUAUGUACGAAGAGAAGAGGAAAGAAUACAGAGAAAGAUUCCUUACUAUUAAUACCAUCAUGGCCAUUCAGUUACUUGGGCAGUUUUUGCGAAACAAAGUAACUUCCAGGAUUCUUUACUUGGCACGCCAAAACAUGUAUGCACACUGGAAAAGCUUUAUCCAGAAAAUGCAGCUGCUUGUAGAAAAUUCAUUGGCUUUGAGAAACUCAAAAUCUAUUACACCAGAGGUUCUUCGGCAGUUAAUAUCAGACAGUCACAGUUUUAAGCUUCAGCAUUUCCAGGCAAGCUUAUUGCAGGAGUUCCAUCCUGUGGUACAAUCCAGACCUCUUGUUAAUCCUGCUGGUCUCUGUCUUGGGACUAGUCGGUCUGGUCUUUGGCUUCCUCUGGAUAUGCUGCUAGAAGAUGCAAUGGAUGGUUCCCAAGUUAAUGCAACAAGCGCCGUAGAAAUCAUUACUGGUUUAGUUAAGUCCCUUCAGGCAAUUAACGCCACCUCUUGGCAUGAAAUCUUUCUAGGACUUUGGAUGGCUGCUCUACGCCUUGUUCAACGGGAGAGGGAUCCUAUUGAGGGACCUGUGCCUCGUCUGGACACUCGUCUGAGCAUGUUAUUGUCAAUUACAACUCUUGUAGUUGCUGAUCUUGUUGAGGAAGAGGAAAGUGUUGCCGCAGAUGAGUUCGGAUAUGAUUUGGGUAACAAAAAUCAGGUUCCUGGGAAACGACGUAUGGAUUUGAUAUUCAGUCUUCAGAAUCUGCAUGAUUACCAGAGCUUGCUAACUCCACCUCAGUCAGCAAUUCCUGCUACUAAUCAGGCUGCUGCUAAAGCAAUGAUGUUUGUAUCUGGCAUCAAUGUUGGUACUGCAUACUUUGAGUGCAUGAGCACAAUGGAUAUGCCAAUUGACUGCUCUGGUAACCUGUAUCAUUUAAUUGUUGAGGCAUGCAUAGCCAGAAAUCUGUUGGACACAUCUGCUUAUUUCUGGCCAGGUUAUGUAAAUGGGCGCAUCAACCAACUACCCCACAAUGUUCCCAAUCAAGUUCCUGGGUGGUCAUCAUUUAUGAAAGGGGCAUCUCUCACCCCUGUGAUGAUAAAUGCUCUAGCAUCAAUUCCUGCUUCAAGCUUCGCGGAGGUCCAGAAAGUCUUUGAGAUGGCAGUCAAAGGAUCCAAUGAGGAAAGAAUAGCUGCUGCUACUAUUCUUUGCGGGGCCUCCUUGAUUCGUGGAUGGAAUAUUCAGGAACACACUGUUUAUUUUAUAACUCGGUUGCUGUCUCCAUCAGUCCCUGCUGACUAUACCGGGAACGAAAGCCAUUUGAUAAGCUAUGCUCCCAUGCUCAAUGUUCUCCUUGUGGGGAUAGCACCAGUUGACUGUGUUCAGAUUUUCUCCCUCCAUGGUUUGGUUCCAGAACUUGCUGGCUCAUUAAUGACAAUAUGCGAGGUGUUUGGUUCAUGUGUGCCCAAUAUCUCAUGGACCAUGCCCACAGGAGAAGAAAUUUCUGCCCAUGCUGUGUUUUCAAAUGCAUUUGCUCUUCUUCUAAAGCUAUGGAGGUUCAAUCACCCUCCUAUUGAAUAUGGAGUAGGAGAUGUACCUCCAGUAGGAUCCCAACUCACUCCUGAGUACCUCUUAUUGGUAAGGAAUUCACACCUAGUCUCUUCAGGAAACUUACUCAAGGAUCCAAAUCGAAGGAGACUUGCAAAAGCAGCAAGUUCUUCGUCUCCCAAACCCAUAUUUGUGGAUUCAUUUCCCAAACUUAAAGUGUGGUAUAGGCAGCAUCUCGCUUGUAUUGCUUCCCCCCUCACUGGUCUUAUCAAUGGGACUCCGGUCCAUCAUACUGUGGAUACACUACUUAACAUGAUGUUCAGAAAAAUCAGCGGAGGAAACCAAACUGUGACCACUGUUACAUCUGGUAGUAGCAGUUCCUCUGGUCCUGGAAGUGAAGACAUUUAUCUUAGGCCUAAACUACCUGCUUGGGAUAUCCUUGAAGCCGUCCCUUUUGUGGCAGAUGCUGCUCUAACAGCAUGUGCUCAUGGAAGAUUGUCUCCUCGUGAACUCUGCACAGGGCUGAAAGAUUUGGCUGAUUUUCUUCCUGCAACUUUGGCGACCAUUGUAAGUUACUUCUCAGCCGAAGUGACACGUGGAGUAUGGAAGUCAGUUUUUAUGAAUGGAACAGAUUGGCCGAGUCCAGCUGCUAAUCUCUCCAAUGUUGAGGGACAGAUAAAGAAAAUAUUAGCUGCCACUGGUGUGGAUAUCCCCAGUCUUGCAGCAGGUGGGAGUUCUCCAGCUUCGCUUCCAUUGCCCUUGGCUGCAUUUGUGAGUCUCACCAUAACAUAUAAGCUUGAUAAAGCUUCACAACGUUUUCUGGAUCUGGCCGGCCCAGCUUUGGAGUCCCUUGCUGCUGGCUGCCCUUGGCCAUGCAUGCCAAUAGUGGCUUCUUUAUGGACCCAAAAGGCAAAGCGUUGGAGUGACUUCCUCGUCUUUUCUGCUUCCCGCACUGUCUUCCUUCACAGCAAUGAUGCUGUUGUUCAGCUUCUUCGAAGCUGCUUCAGCGCCACCCUUGGUUUGAACAGUAGUUGCUGUAUCUCAGACAACGGUGGUGUUGGAGCACUUCUUGGUCAUGGAUUUGGAUCUCAUUUCAAUGGUGGUAUCGCUCCAGUCGCACCAGGGAUCCUAUAUCUGCGAGUCUACCGGUCGAUUAGAGACAUUAUGUUCUUGAGAGAGGAGAUAGUUUCAGUGCUCAUGCAGACUGUGGAAGACGUAACCUGCAGUUGCCUUCCAAAACAGAGUUCAGAAAAGCUGAAAAAGUCCAAAAAUGGGAUGAAACAUGGGCAUGCCUCGCUUGCUGCAGCUUUAACUAAGGUGAAACUAGCUGCAUCUCUGGGAGCUUCUGUAAUCUUCUUAACUGGUGGACUGGGGCUGGUGCAGUCGCUAAUCAAGGAAACUCUUCCGUCUUGGUUUAUGUCUAUUCAUCGGUCUGAGCACGAAGGCGAUAGAGGCAAGAUGGUUCCAAUGCUCAGAGGGUAUGCACUGGCAUAUUUGGCGGCACUUUGUGGAGCUUUUGUUUGGGGUGUAGACUCAUCAACAGCAGCAGCUUCAAAAAGACGGCCUAAAAUUCUUGGAUGUCACAUGGAAUUUCUUGCUAGUGCCUUAGAUGGAAAGAUUUCACUUGGCUGUGAUCUUGCUACUUGGCAUGCCUAUGUGUCCGGUUUUCUGAGCUUGAUGGUAAGAUGCACACCAACUUGGAUAUUUGAGUUGAACGUGGAGUUGUUGAGACGACUGAGCAAGGGACUAAGACGAUGGAACGAGGAGGAGCUUGCUCUGGCUUUGCUUGGGGUUGGCGGACUUGGUACCAUGAGCUCAGCAGCCGAAAUGGUCAUUGAAACUGAGAUAUAACUUCUUCUAACUUGGGAAAAUUUUGUAGAUCCACUAGAUGGGUUUGUACAGGAUUACGUAGAGGACUGAUUUUCGAGCAGGAAUUGUGCAAAAUGGAAGGUCUGAUAUCUGUUUAUCAGAAAACUUCCUAGUUUUCUUCUUUUUCCUUCUGUAGAGUAACAUAUUUGUUACCUUAAAGACUGAAUCAUGAAAGUUGUAGUCCAGUUUUCAUUGGUGGUAGGAAUUGGUAUAACUGAGAUCCUCUCGCAACUCUGCCUUUUAGAGGCUUCCAUUUGCUGCAAUUUUUACUUCGUCUAUUCUGCCUUUUA